CGCAAAGCGCCUUUUUUCCUUCAACGCCAGGAAAGAACAAAACGCGGCACAAAGUUAAAAGCCAGCGUCCAUUCCGUUCCGUCCCGCAAUUUUCUUCCUUUCCUUCCUCCCAAAUUCUCCGUCAGCUAAAAGUCAAAAAACACCGAUUUCUUCCCCCCCUAAACCCCGCCACCGCCGUCGCCGUCCGAAUUCUCCACCGCCAUGUCAUCCCCACAGAAGCGACCGGAAUCCGACCUCCCAAUCCCAUCCCUCCCUUCCCUCCGCACCCGCUCCACCCCAUCCCCUCGCAGCAGCAGCUUCUCCUCCUCCCACUCCACCGCCACACCGACCUCCGGCGCCCAGCGCCGCAUUGCGAUCGCCGUCGAUCUCAGCGACGAGAGCGCCUACGCCGUCAACUGGGCCGUCCAGAACUACCUACGACCAGGGGACGCUGUAAUCCUCCUCCACGUCCGCCCCACCUCCGUCCUCUAUGGCGCCGAUUGGGGUUCCAUCAAGGUUCAGAUAAACACCAACGGCAGCAAUAGUCAGAAGAGCGACGACCAAGAUUCGUCCUCCGAUCAGCAGAAGCUGGAGGACGAUUUCGACAAUUUCACCACCACCAAGGCCAGCGCCCUGGCGCAGCCCCUGGUGGACGCCGGGAUUCCGUUCAAGAUUCACAUAGUCAAAGACCACGAUAUGAAGGAGAGGCUUUGCCUGGAGGUGGAGAGGCUGGGGUUGAGCGCCGUGAUUAUGGGGAGCCGAGGGUUUGGGGCGGCGAGGAGGAACAGUAAAGGUAGGCUGGGGAGUGUGAGUGAUUACUGUGUGCAUCACUGCAUUUGCCCCGUCGUGGUGGUGCGUUAUCCGGAUGAUAAGGAAGGUGGGAUCGAAGAAGGGAGUUCGAAGAAAGGGGUUUCUUUGGUAGAUGAGUGUGAGCUCCAUCCCGUGCCGGAGGAGCAGGAAGAGUUUCACGAUGGUUCUGAUGAACACAAAGAUGCUUAAGGAACAAGAUGAAGUUCAUUCUCCAUCAGGUAAUAUAUAGUUCGACCACUGUUGGCAAUCUUUUGCAGGAGAGUGUUUGAGGCUGUCAUCCCUUUUUCUCAGCUUGGUGUAACAUGAGAGGGUUGUACUGUUUUUCCUCCCUCAUUGUAUAUAAUCUAUGCGACUGCUGGUGUUGAGAUUUCUUCUGGUUCUUCCCGUGUAAUGAAUGACCUGAACUAGAGGUGUUUGGUUUCAGAGUCCGAAUUGUAUGUGGACAGUUAAAACCCAUCUUGAUUCUUGACCACAGAUUCUACAGUUGUUGUUGUUUCCCUGUCACCAGUUUUACUUCACCAAUGACAGCCAAGACUGCGAUUUGUCAUUUGUUCAGAAUUCUGUCUUAUCACUACAAUUUGUCAAUUUGCUUCAUGUUCCAUCACUGAACAUAAAGAAUCGAUCGGUUCAAAUAUCAAAUCCAGGACAGGUGAGAGAGAGAGAUUACAUUUUUUUUGUUUAUUUAUAUAAGGGUGAUACCAAUUUAUUAAUUAAGAAAAUAAAACACGAAAGUAGAAAGGAAAACAAGCAAUUUCAAACGGGUCUACCAGCGAAUACUAAAACAAAACAGAGAAGGCAGCAAAGCUGCUAAGAGACCUUAUAAGUACUCUAUGCAUCAAUCCACUACCGAUAACGGGUUCACUUCUGUUUGAGAGGAAUGACGCCAUAGAUUUGUUCAAACGACGGGAUCUGCAGAUGGAAUCUCAAUCAAAUGCGGUUAAUCUGCAGAUGGAGACUGCUACGUCGGGGUAAAACUGGCAGGCAUUCCUUCAUCCGGAUGGAGAGAGAGAAAUAUACGUCUCGCACUGUAAUCAGACGAAAAAUCAGAGAUGAGGAAUGCAGAGGAAAACAUUUAGAAGAAGCAUGCAUGCAUAUAAUACACAAUACAAGAUGAACACCCAGCUUGUUGCCGCGUUGUGAAGGAAAUCCGGCAGGGGCGACCUGAGAACACAUGAUGAUAGAUUGGAUCCUGGAAACCUAUCCCACCAGCCACAUGCGAUCUCAGGUCGACCCUGUAAGAAUCCUCCACACACAAAGAUUUUAUCUUGCACACAAAGAUUUUGAGGUCUGACAACACAAUGUGUGAGUUUGAUGUUUAUAUAUAACAAGGAGAAGAAAUCUCCGCUCCAUCAAGUGAUGUACUAUGGUUGUAAAUUAGGAGUACUAUUUUCCAAUCCCUCUUAUUGCUGUAUCUGUACUACAACUACCAGCCAAGCAUUGUACACAGCUACUGUACGUUCUUUCCAGCUUCACACCCAUAU